AUGAUGAUGAGAUGAUUGCUGAUAGAUCUGUCACUUGUCACCACUAGCCUAGCUGCGCAAAGGUCUCGUCUUUCACCUUCCGUGCCGGUGCUUGCUCGCCGCGUGACGCGGCACCGACGCGAGGACCGAUCGCAACGUCUCGACCUGACCCGAGCUUAAUUGGAAACCCGCAUCACCCCAAACCCGUCGCUAAUGGCGAUCGUCACCGCCGUAAUCCGGUCGCGGUGGUUUCACCGUAGCCAUGGACGGGAGUACGUCACGUCCCUAUCUCCACCGCUACUUAACCAAUCGGUCAUGCCGGGGUAGGGACGCCCGCCUCCAGCCGCAGCACACUCAUCGCUACAGCGGUGCGGCCUCGCCCCACCCACCCACCUCCACCACCGCCGAAAAAGAAGAUCCAGAGGAAGCGGCGGCCGGCAGCGAUCGACUGAGGAUGCCGUCUCCGGGGCCGGCGGCCCUGCUCGUCGCGGCCGUGUUCCUGUGGUGGUCGGCGGCCGGCGCGCUGGCGGACGGCGGCAACGGCACGGUGUGCCUGUGCACGGGCCCGCAGUGCGUGCCGCCGUGCCCCGUCCCUGGGACGACGCCGCCGACGACGUCGCCCACGCAGUUCCCCUUCUGCCCGCAGCGGCCGGCGGCGGUGGGGCCCUUCCCGUGGGAGCAGCAGCCGCCGGCGGCGCCGAGGUCGGGGUCGGGGUUCCCUCAGGACGCGGGGUUCCUCGCGGCGGCGGCCGCGUGCCCCGGUAGCACGGCGACGCGGCUGGCGGUGGCCGCCGCGUGCUCUGCUCUCUUGCUCCUCCUGCACUAGUGACCCUCUGUCUCUGGCUCGCUCGUCCACUCCUGUAGAUUGAUGGAUGGAUGUAGGUGCGAGCUCAUCAGGGAUGUGUGUGCUGAUGUCCAAAUCUAUAUGAUAUACUCUACUUAUGUAUGUAAUUCUAGGUCUUGGUUUCAUUUCAAUUCAGUAGGCUAAUAUGAAGGAACAAUCUAAGAAGGAUUGGUUGGGUUCCUCCUUUCUGCAUCA